AUGGACGACACACGUCUGCCAGGCAGCCUCAUUCCUGGGCCAGAUCUGUUCGGGCCGACGUUUCAGACUAGAGGAUAUGCCUAUGGUGGAGACGCAAAUUACGACUCAGACGAUGACGACGGCUACGCUGAGGUGGAUGACGAGUAUCACCGCAUCGCCCAGGAGGCUCCAUUGCCCUCGAUCGAGCUGCCGGACUUUCCCUCACCUUAUUCUGGCGACGGAUCUGAAGCCGCGACACCAGAUUCUUACGACAAUGGCGAAGUCGACAGCGAUGAAUUGGACGAUGGCGAAGGUGUGGACGAAGCUGUCAACGAUGAACCCGACACGCUCGGACUCGCGCCAUGGACGAUACCUGCUUCUGACGAUGUACCCAAGAAGCGGCCCCGAGGCCGACCACGAAGAAAGACACGGACAGGACAACGCGGAGGAUGGAAUCAAGGCCAGAAGGUCGGUCCACGUCCGCCUCUGGAGCCCACGCCAGAGUUUACGGAAAAGUAUCAGGCAGCUCUUAAUGCCUACAGUCUGGACGGCGAUCUCGACUCGGCACAUGAACUCAUUGUCGAGGCCAUAGCCAUCAACCCAGAGGUCUUUAACGCUCACAUCCUCCUCUCGCAAAUCUGGGAAGAUCGUGGAGAUUCUUCAAACGCCGUUCAAGCCCUCUGGACUGGCGCUCACUGCUCCUCUCGCGACCCCUUCGUGUGGCAGAAAGUCGUCGAGGCAUGUCUCGAACGAGCGACCUAUUCCAGAAUUAUCGCGCUCAAUCAGGCGAGAUAUGCACUGAAGGCUAUCCUGCGGCUAGAUCCCACUGACUGUGAGAGCCUCUUCCAACUGGCUUCGGUCGAGCGCGAAGCUGGUCGUCCUAAGCAGGCAUUGGAUCUGCUGGACAAAAUCAUGCUCGAGAUGCCGCACAAUACCCAUGCGCUGAAGAUGUAUGCUGAGACAUGUAUCUACAUGGAGAAAGUCGGUGUUGCCAUUAAUCGGUACAAGGAAGCCAUCCUGCACUAUCGUGUCCAUGGAUUGUCAGAUGAGGAUUCUUUCGAAUGGACCGAUAUCUACCAGUAUGUUGACCUUCUGACGCGUCGAGAGGGUGAUAGAGAUGUCGUCUUGCAGACGAGCAUUAACGUCCUUAAGAAGCUCUCGAGAUGGCUUCUGGGCAGAUCGAUUGAAGCAUACUGGGACAUGCAAGAGGACGAUGAUGCUGAGUUCGACCAAGAUGACAUGCCUAGAAGAAUUGCAGUACCAGGCUACCAGGUCGGAAGAUUCUCUGCUGAUCAGUACGGCAUCGGCCUGCCCAUACCUCUACGCGCCCAACUGGGCAUCCUCCGUCUCAAGCAAGGCUACUCUCGGAAGAAGCUCUGGAUCAUCUCGCCUGGCUCGAGGCCAGACGAUGUCCAGUCAGAACGGCACUCGAGGGAGCAUCAAGAAGCCUCCCGCUACUUCGAAGCUCUCCUGCGCGUUGAUUCAGAGAAGGGCCUUGACUUCUGGCUGGGUAUCGGCGCAAACGCUUACGUGGUCGACAAGAAGGCCAAUGCUCUCGAGCACUUCCAGGCUGCCGUUGCGCUCGAUGAAGACUCGGUCGUGGCCAAGACAUACAUUUGCAAAAUACUCACUGAGCAAGGCAACAAGCCUCUGGCCAUUAAGUACGGCUGUGAAGCCGUGGAGGCUGCACAUGCAGAAGUACCAAUGUCCGUCAAGGGUCUGCGCAAGUACGAACGCAUCGAUCACCGCCUGGAGCGGGAAGCUGCGGAAGAUGCGCUCAAGACUGCGCUACAGCUCCAGGGUCCAGCACCUUCGAAGAAGCGGCCAGGCCGUCGUAUGGCCGAUGACAGAUACCUCAAUGCUUUCCAAUUGAUCCUUCCAGGUGGUGGUCGCGACUACCGCCAUUCAACAAAGAAACAACCGAAGCGCCUGCCUCGUGCACCAACGCCAGUGGAGGACAAGCCGCAGAAAGUCGAUGACUUCAUGGCAGUCUAUAGCACUCUUUUGACCAACCACGAAAGCAUGCAAGCCGGCGACCCCGUUGCGACUCGGGUGUGGAUGGAGUGCGCAAAAGCCAUGAUCAACGACUUUCGCAGCGAGAAAAUCUUCUUCCCACGAGAAAAACACCAGCGCUUCAUCGGAUAUGACGACGCGUCCGUAGCAGCCUCUCGCCGACCCCUCUACGAGAAGACCGCGGCCGGCUCAGCUUCAGUCUCCGCCGCGGCCACUCCACAGCCAACACAGGAUGCUGACUCUGCCCUGCCCUCUGUCGAGCCUCUCCAGGACGCUUCGAACAUCCCCACGAGCUACCGCGAAAUCUCAUUUACAACCUGGCUAGACAUCUUCCUCGAAUACGCCCUCCUCCUAUCCUCCCCAAUCUCCAACCCUUUAUCCCACUCCGCCCAGCGCGACACCUACACCGCCCUCAGCAACACAACCCUCUGCGUCAUCUGGGUCCACGACCCGCCCUCCAUGCUCCUAAUCCACCUCGUCCACCUAGUCUGCUGCAUCAACCUGCAGGACCAAAUCACCCUCUUCGGCAACACCGACCCCUUCCGCCUCGUCCUCGCCCUCCAAAACCUCUUCCCCUACCCCCAAACCUCCCCUUUCGGCAAACCCGAGGCCCUCGCGCGCUCCUACCUCGCCAAGUCCAGUAAACCCUCAAAAUUCCUCUUCCGCCAUCUCGCAGCGAUUGACCACUGGCUCGAAACAACCUACACCGACCCCACAACGGGCGAAGCCGUCCCCGCAUACAUGCGCAAGAAACGCGACGACACACUCACCGUCUACGCACCCCUGCCCCCCGGCAGCAAAUCAACGCAACGCAUCCCCCAACGCACUCAAGAGAUGGACGCCGUCCUGCUCGUCCUCUACGGUCAACUACAUUUCUGCAAAGGGCAGUAUCUCAGCGCGCUACCAUGGUUUCACCGUGCUCGGGCACUGGUGCCGGAGGAGCCGCUGGUCGCAUUCCUGAUGGCGCUGUGCUACCUGCAGCAACCGCUGAAGCCUGGGUUCCGGAAUAGUGUGGCGCUGGCGGGUGGUGCGGCGCAGGCGAGAGAAUCCGCGGCUAGUAUUGGAGGCAGUGUUGGAGACAAGCAUAAUUGGGUGUUGAUGGGGGUGGCGAUGAUGGAGGAGUAUGCUGCUUUGCGGCUAAAGCUGGCUGAACUGAAAGAUCGAGAGCUAGGGACCGCAGCGUCUGGACAGAAGAGGGCGGAGGCGGAGAGGGAGAUCGCGUUCAAUCGUGCGAGAUGUUGGGCGAUGUUGGGGUUGGAGCAAUUGGCGACUGAUGGGUUUGAGGGAUUGUUGUUGAGGGCUGCCUUUCGGGAUGUCAAGGUGGAGCAAGAUGACGGGGAUGCGAUGGACAUUGAUUAUGGGCCAUUGUCUGCUGCGGCAGAAGGAGGCAAGGAGUACAGCGACAUGGACAUGCAGAGCGCCUACGCAUUGAGGACAAGCUAUGCGCUCAGCGGGAACAUGGACAUGGCGAGAAGCAUUACUGAGAGAUUUCUGGUGUGCUGA